AUGUCGUCCGCCGCGUUUCUGGAUAACCCAGUGCUCAAAGUCAGCCGCCCUGUCGCUGCUUGUUCGAGAUGCCGCACUGCCAAAAUCAAAUGUGAUGGAAAACUGCCGGCAUGCUCGGCUUGUGAGAGAGCAAACAAGGCCAGCAGCUGUUCCGGCGCUUCAGAUGAAUUUGCAAAGGGCAAAGAACGGAGUUAUGUUGCUUCCUUGGAGGGGUAUUGCGAAAGACUCGAGAAGCAUCUGGCCGAGGUGCGUCAGCGCAAGCAAAUGCGAACGCUUGCCGCUGGAGGUGUUGGCGGGGAACAGAUUCCGGAGAGCUCGAUCACUGCUUUUGCAACAGACGAUACCAGCUCCCAAGCCCAUCACAAAGAGGUCUCCGAUAUAGAUGACUUGGUUGGCGAUUUCGGUUUUCUCUCGGUCAACUCGACAUCACGGGAUUUCAGUGGAAUAACCUCCAACGUGUCAUUUGCGCAAUUACUUUUGACAACAUCAACGGUUGAACCACUCCCUCAGUUCUCAAAUGCAUCACUUCUGCCACGGUACGAGGCGACACAGUUGAUGCAGCAUUACUUUAACACCAUCUACAUUCAACUACCAUUUUUCUCCGAAAUCACAUUCUGGACUUCGAUGGAAGCAGUAUACCAGAAUGAAGGUCGAUUUGCAAAGCCAAUCGAUCAGUGGAUGGUGCGGAUGGUGCUGGCAAUUGCCUCUGCAUCUCUUUGGCCCCAGCAACAUGGCAAUGACCCACAGUUCGCCUUGUCGAUGGUCUCUACAGCGCUAGAAUUUUCAGCGGAAGUGCUACGGCCAGGUUCAAUGCUAGGCAUCCAAGCAAUUCUUUUCCUUACGCAAUACUCACUCUUCGAUCCCACACAUUUCCGUCCGCGUUUCUUGGUGUCUUUUGCUGCUAGGGUGAUGGUCGAUUUGGGGUUGCACCAAGAUCCACCUAUCGAAGUUCUAUCCGAUAAGGCCCGUCUAGAUCAAAGGCGCCGACUCUUUUAUAGUCUUUACUCCAUAGAUAGGGUAAUAUGUACCGCCCUACGCUAUCAUUUUUCGUUUUCGGAUAAUUCAGUUGAUGUGAACCUACCAAUUAUCCCAAAAUCUUCGGCAGAUCCAACCAAUGGGAACUUCUUUCUCAAAAGCUUGGAACCUGCCAUUCAUUUAUUCAAGAUUCGCCGCAUUCUCUCCACCGGUUAUCACGAGAUGUACUGUAAUGGCCGCAACCCUUCACCUCAGCCUCUAGUCCUAACAUGGAAACUCUGUGCCGAAGCUCGUGAAUGGUAUGACCAGACGCCAAGCAGUCCAUCAAGUUCUUUAAAUCUACUAUAUCGAUUAGAACUCCUGUACAGCACCAUUCUUUUCCUGUCACCCUCGUAUCGCAACCCGGUCAUAUGCGACUUUAGCAAAGUACUGCUCUUUGAUCGGUGCAUCGACUAUAUCAGCCAGUUCCAUCAGGUAGUGGACAAGUCCAACAGCUUGCCAUUCGCAACAUUUCUGGAUAUUCAGCGAGUGCGUCAGAUCGGGCAGCGAUUUGUGACAAUUUUGAACGAAGACUAUGACCUGCUUAUAAGCGACCAAGUCCCAGAACCGCCGCAGGUACCUGCUGGUACUCCUGAGCCGCCAUAUCUCGCAGCGGAAGACCGCAUCAAUUGCCUGGCACGUGCUUUCAGGUGUCUACUCUACAUAGAAGACAUCCUCAAAUACGGUGUCCAGAGAUGGGACACCCGCCAACAAUACAAUGAGUUUAUCCAAGACUCGGCCACAGUAAAACUACGACUAGAGCAGCAUCAGCAGUCAUUUCAGACAACUCGGUUUGCUGAUGUGCCUUCGGGAUUCAUUCCUGCUAUGCCAACGAAUGGUUAUCAAGAGUUUCAGCCGUAUGUCAAUGCGGGAGAACAAACUUACUAUCCCCAUCUCACAAAUCAUGAGUGA